AUGGGAUCCUCAAAACUUCUGUUUCUACAUGUACUCUCCGCACUUGUAGCAUUGAUUACUGCUCAAUCCGGAUGCCGCUGUGGUGACGCAGCCUAUCUUGCGAUUCCCCGCGUCAAUCUCUCUGCUACGGAACAGAUAAAACCAUGUGCACCUUAUAAACUGAUCGAUGCCAGGGGCUCCGGGGAACCACAGGGCGUAUCCCUUAUGUUUCAGGUCGCAAUACAAAACGUAUUAGCGAAGAAUCUCGAUGCCGUGAGCCAGUCUGUCGUAUAUCCUGCUGGUUUCGACCAAAAUGUCACUGCUGGUGUACAAAACGUCGUCGACAUCAUAAAGUACGGCCUGAAAGACUGCCCGGAUCAGGGAUAUUUCCUAUUUGGAUACUCACAGGGCGCAACUGUCGUUCAAGAGGCUUUGAACGAACUCGGAAAUGCGUCAGUGGUGGCGGUAAAGAGCGUCGUUCUUGUUGGCAAUCCAUACCGCAUACCUGGACGACUUUCCAACGUAGACAGCCAAGGUCGCGUUGAUAAUCGUACGGCGUAUGGCCUGUUUGCUACGCAGUCGCUGCAGUCGAAUGGCAGUAUUCCUACGUACAGCGACAUCUUCGACCGUAGUGGGAAGGUCCAGGAUAUCUGUUUGGAGAACGACAUUGUGUGCGCAGCCGAUCCAGACUGCGAUUGCCAACUUGCGAGUGAUCAUCUGUCGUAUGGGUUAAUGCAAUCGGUGCAAGAUCUGAUAGUUGAGCAUGUGGUUUCUCAAUUCUAA